AUGAAACUCCAAAGUGCCGCCCUUGCGCGCUUAUCCCCCCGACUUGGCCGACGAUGGCAAUCAAGUGCAACAUCGCACCGCCCAGCUCCUCUUGCUGGUAUUACUGUCGUUAGCCUGGAACAGGCAAUUGCUGCGCCCUUCUGCACACGCCAAUUAGCCGAUCUUGGAGCCCGUGUCAUCAAAGUUGAACGACCAGUAGUGGGAGAUUUUGCCCGCCAAUACGACAGCCGUGUCAAUGGCAUAUCCUCCCAUUUCAUGUGGACCAACCGCUCAAAGGAGAGUUUGGCACUGGACCUCAAGAAUGAGAAAGAUCACGGAGUUCUCAUGAAGCUCCUCGAACGAGCCGACGUGCUAGUCCAGAAUCUGGCACCGGGCGCAUCAGCACGGUUGGGGUUAUCGCACGAUGCAUUAAAAGAGAAACACCCUUCUUUAAUCGUCUGUGACAUCUCAGGAUAUGGCCAGGAUGGUCCCUAUCGGGAUAAGAAAGCCUAUGAUCUUCUCAUCCAAAGCGAAGCAGGGAUGCUCUCUGUCACGGGCACCGGGAAAGAGCCAGCGAAGGUCGGGAUCUCUAUUGCCGAUAUCUCCGCCGGGAUGUACGCCUACAGCAACAUUCUUUCAGCGCUACUGCAGCGCGGAAAGGAUGGACAGGGUUGUCGAAUUGAUAUUUCCAUGCUGGAGAGUAUGGUUGAGUGGAUGGGCUUCCCGAUGUACUACACCUUUAACAAUGCGCCCGGGCCAGUGCCGGCCGGUGCGUCCCAUGCUGCCAUAUAUCCAUAUGGACCCUUUGAAACAGGCGAUGGACAAUCCGUCAUGCUCGGCAUUCAGAAUGAACGCGAGUGGGUCAAUUUCUGCAACGACGUUCUCCGUCAGCCGGAGCUGGCCACGGAUGCUCGAUUCUGCAAUAACUCGCUGAGAACACAGAAUCGUGACGUGCUGAAAGAACUUAUAUGCACUGUUUUCGCAAGCUUAACUGCCGAGGAGACUAUUGCUCGCCUUGAUGCAGCUUCAAUCGCUAAUGCGAGCGUCAAUGACAUGCAAGGGGUCUGGAAACAUGCUCAGCUCAAGGCUCGCGACCGAUGGACUGAAGUUCAAACCCCAAUAGGUCCGGUGAAAGCUCUUCUUCCUCCCGGUUCUACUAAGUCGGGCGAUGAGGGUGGCUAUGGGGCUCAGAUGGGAUCGGUUCCUGAGGUUGGAGAACACAACGAGGCAAUUCUGGCAGAGUUGGGAAUAUCCCGAUGA